AUGCCAAAAUCGCCAGAUAAAAUCGAAUCCCGAAUCCAGGAGGCCUUAAAAAAGGCUUCAUGUCAAAAAAAGCCAAAUAUCUCUGCGUUGGCGCGAGAAUUCGACGUGCCUCGCAAACGGCUUCACGAACGCUUCAAGGGUCGGCCACCAAGAACCGCCAAAAUCCCGCGCAAUAAGGUAUUAGAUGACCAGCAAGAGAAGGCAAUUAUUCGCUGGAUUCGACAGCUUGAUUCCCUACAUUCGCCGCCUACCCCAAAGAUGAUAGAGUGCUGUGCAAACCAGAUUUUGCAGAGGAAUGUGUUAUCUGUAUCCAAGCCGGCUCCGCGCGUAGGGGAAACCUGGGUAUAUCGGUUUAUUCAGCGCCUUCCUGACGACCUACAUCUUAUCAAACAGAAGCCAAUUGAGAAAGAUCGACUAGGGGCAGAAGAUAUUGGGCAGGGGAAAUCUCAAAAAGUCGUCACUUCCAACCCUAUACGAGCCUCCCGAGGCAUUGCAACUAGCGAGACAAACGAAUCCUUGACAGCCAUUGAAUGUAUCGCGGCCGAUGGUACUGUCCUUCCUCCAUACUUCAUCUUCAAGGGCGAAUAUCAACUGGAACGUUGGUAUCAACAAAUUCCUGAUUCUGCGGAUACAGACAAAUAUCGAAUUGCUACAGCUUCCAAAGGAUAUACAACAGAUGAGAUUGCAAUGGAUUGGAUCAGGCACUUCCAUCAGCAUACAGAAAAGCGGGUUUCUAAGACUGAUGCAAGACUAUUGCUUAUGGACGGCCACGGAUCCCAUCUCACAUAUAAUUUUCUGAAUAUCCGCUUGAUGUGGGGGAUAUCCACUAUGGACAAGGCCGACUUUCUUCGUGAUAUCCCUCAAAUUCGCCAGGAUACAUUCAAACAACGUACAAUCCGAGAUGCCUUUAGUGAUCGGGGGAUAUAUCCAUGGAAUCCUUCAAAAGUACUUGACAUUCUAGCCAACGCAAGGUCUCCAUCUCCGGUUCUAAAUAUACGCGAUAAAACACCAUCAAUUCAAUCUAUCUCAACCAAUUCUCCUCCCCAGACAGUUCGUACACUGCGACGGAGCAUUCAGAAGCUGGAUAAGUUUGUCAAUGAAAAUCCUAGCCUUGAUCAAAGCUUUACACGCCGUCUUGACCGAGUCUUUCAAAGUGCUAUACAAACAGCUGAAUUGACAGCCCAACUUCAAAGCGAUAUCUCUCAACAUCUAGAGCGUGCACGCGCUCCAAGCUCUCAGAGAUCUCGCAGAAGAAUCCCUACUAUAGGGCCAUUGACAGUUAAAGAUGCAAAUCGUCAGGUUGCUGAACGUGCUGAAGCUGAACGAAAGAAGAUUAUUUCCCGUGUCCGGAAACGCCAACCUUCAAAGCCAAUUCCCACCACUACACAACGGUCGGAUACUGUUGAAAAUACUCAGGGAGAUAGCCAGGAUCCAGGAGAUAUUAAUGCGCUAUUUAAUGUAUUUAGAUACUAG